UAAGUGAAUGUAUGUUUGAUCACGUUGGUCUGUAGUGUCCUCGAUAGAAAAAAAAAUACUGACUAAUCAGUUUGACAGCAAAUGCCAAACGUUUGCUGUCCUGGCUUUUCGCUCCUCUCGGUUAGAAAAGUAUUCGCAGGGUGUCCGGAACUGGUGCAACAUCGACUCCCUUCCGAAGUAGCUGGUGGCGUUGGCUUGUAGAUGAGACGGUAGCCCAGCCCAGCAGCCCGCCUAUUCCCCUCCCUUCCCAGCUCGGUCUCACUAGGUUUGCCUGCAGCAUUCGCGUCCUCGGCCAGGUUUUACUUCAGAGAUGGCUGCGAAAGUGUGUAGGUCGGUUCUCUUCUUGUCCAGGAGCAGUGGAUCGGUGGCAGCCACCUUCCCCGUACUUGGUGUCUCCUCACAACGGCAUCAACACAAAAGAUCGCAGGAGGCGCUGUCUGGCCCCCUCGCCCACCAGACCGUCAGGAGAGCACAUGGCCUGCGGGCUGCCGCCAGAUCUUCCCUCUUCUCUCAUCCACCUACCUCCCUGUCGCCUCAGGGCUGGAAGAGCGCCCCCACAUGGCAGGGUCAGAGAUUGCUAUGUUCCUCUGCUGCUCCAGAAGAGGUGACGGUGCUGUAUCAGAACGGGUUGCCGGUGAUCUCGGUGAACCUGCCGUCGCGGCGCGAGCGCUGCCAGUUCACACUGAAGCCGCUGAGUGACUGCGUGGGCGUCUUCCUCCAGCAGCUGCAGGCCGAGGACCGCGGCAUCGACCGCGUAGCCAUCUACUCCACAGAUGGGGUGAGAGUUGCCUCCUCCACAGGCAUAGAUGUGCUGCUGCUGGAUGACUUCAAGCUGGUCAUCAACGACGCCACAUACCUGGUGCGGCCGCCUAGUAGAGAGCUGCUGGCCCAUGAGCAGGCCGAGAGGCUUAAUGAUGUGAAGUUCCUGGUGCAGCAGCUCUACACUACGCUGCGCAUCGAGGAUCACCAGCUCAGCAAAGAACGCGAGCUGGUUGUACGACUGGAGGACCUCCAAUCCCAGAUCCGCCCACUGGAAAAGGUGAAAGCGGAGCUGAGCAGGAAGGCGGAGCGCCGCACCACCUGGGUGCUGUGGGGUGGCAUGGCCUACAUGGCCACGCAGUUUGGCAUCCUGGCGCGCCUCACCUGGUGGGAGUACUCCUGGGACAUCAUGGAGCCCGUCACCUACUUCAUCACCUACGGCACCGCCAUGGCCAUGCUCCUAGCGUGCUCCGAGUAUGUGUACCCUGAUGCCAGAGACAGACAGUACCUGCUGUUUUUCCAUAGGGGGGCUAAGAGUAAACGCUUUGACAUUGAGAAGUACAACGAACUAAAGGGGGCCAUUGCUGAGGCCGAGUUAGAUCUGAAGCGCUUGAGAGACCCUCUGCAGCUCCAACUCCCUGUCCAGCAGCUCACCUCCAGCAAGGAUUGAUGGAACCAGAGCAUCCUUUCCUCUCCAGCCCUCUUCCCCAUCCCCCCCAUCUUCUCUCUCUUUCUCUCUCUUUUUCUCUCUCUCUCUUUCUAUCUCUCUCCCUCUCUCUGUCCACCCCUCUCCUCUAGUCUUUUUAUUUCUCCCCUUUGCCUUUUUUUAAAUCCCUCGCUCUAUGUUUCUGUCUUCCUCAUUCUGACAGAACCAUCUCUUCUCCUGUUUCUGGGAGGGAUUUUGUUUUCUUUUCCUUUUUAAAAAACUUUUCUGGCUGAAAAUAUUGAUGACAACAACAGCAAGUGUGUAUAGAAGGUUGAAAUCGAGAAGGUGACAAGAGACAAUGGAUUGAUAUCGAUAAGGAUGAAGGUGAACUUCAUGCAGGAGCUUGUUGACAGCCAGGCAGAGAGGUACUGAAAGACCAGCAGCCAAUACCACCUCCCACCAACACCACCCCCGCCUACAGCAAACCUCUGUGGACAACAGGAACUUCCUGCUUCUGGACAGGAAAUUACGCGUACAAAAACAUAUUGCAGCCUCAGAGCCUUCUGGAGGGUAGAUGUUUCUCACAACACAGGGUGACUGAGCAGGGCUCUUGACUGUUCACACACACACACACACACACACACACACACACACACACACACACACACACACACACACACACACACACACACACACACAUACACACACUGUGUGGAGUCAGACACAUGGAGCUCCCUCAGCCUGUCAGCAUCCCUGUAGAUGGAGGUGAGAUUCAGGACUCAUCCUAAGAGUCAGUCAACAAGGAUGGACUCCCACCCACUCAUCUUGCCCUCCAUCAUGUGGGACGCACAUCUCACUGAAAGAGCUGCUUUGACCUUCAACUGACCUUUAGUCCGCCGGUAUCUGCCCCGCCAAAUCCACACAACCACCCAGCCUCUCUGGUCAUUUCUCGGUCCCUUCUUGGCUGAGGCUCUGAAACUGUGCUGGCUGCAUUUCAUGGUUCCAGAGCCCCCUGAGCUUUGAUUGACAGCUGCUGGGACGAGUCUGAGCUGCUGCUCUCAGCUUCAAGCUCAGUUCUCUCUCGCCAGUGUGAGACACUCCAGCGGCCGACGGAACAUCACUGUGGGUUUUAUUGUUCCAAAAAAAAAGAAAGAAAAAAAACAAAUU